AUGUCCAAUAUUUUCCUUACCAACAUAAAUUCCGUAGAGCCCAUGCUCGAUGAGCCAACCACCGUUAGCAAACCCAGCAAGAGAUGGCGCUUGGCCUCAGCUACUACUCCUUCCUCUGUUGUCCUCAAUGUUCAGCCCGAUGCCUUCUCAGACAUUGAUAAGACAAGUCUCAAUGCAAUGGUGAGGGAGAAAAACGUAGACCAGCUUCUUGAAGCUGGGGGAGUAGUAGGUGUGGCUGGUGCUUUAAAAACAGACAUAAAAAAUGGAAUCGGUGGUGCUGUUGACGAUGUUGCUCUCAGACAGGCAGCUUUCGGUUCAAACACAUACCAGAGGCAGCCUGCUAAAAGCCUAAUCCACUUCGCGGUGGAAGCUUGUAAGGAUCUCACCAAUCUCGUACUUCUACUUUGUGCAACACUCUCUCUCGGUUUUGGAAUUAAAGAGCAGGGGCUGAAGGAAGGGUGGUACGAUAGUGCAAGCAUAUUUGUUGCCGUCCUUCUAGUCAUUUCUGUGUCUGCUGUGAGUAACUUCUGGCAGAACAGACAGUCCCAAAGGUUGUCUAAAGUCAGCAACAACAUCAAAGUUGAUGUCGUCCGAAAUGGGCGCAGUGAUCAGCAGACCUCUAUAUUUGACAUAGUAGUUGGAGAUGUCGUUUGCGUGAAGAGUGGUGACCAAGUUCCCGCCGAUGGCUUGUUCUUGAACGGGCAUUCACUGCAAGUGGAUGAAUCCAGCAUGACCGGAAAGGGUGGCUGCGUGGAAGUUAAUAGCGACAAGAAUCCAUUUUUGUUGUCUGGAACCAAAGUGGCUGAUGGAUAUGCUCGAAUGCUUGUAACGUCGGUUGGUAUGAACACAACAUCGGGCCAGAUGAUGAGCACAAUCAGCGGCUACACUAAUGAGCAUACACCCUUACAAGCCAGGCUUCAUAAACUUACCUCAUCAAUAGGUAAGGUUGGUUUGGCGGUUGCUUUUCUAGUGCUUGUAGUGUUGCUGGUUCGCUAUUUUACCGGGAAUACAGAAGAUGAGAAUGGAAAUCAGGAGUUCAUUGGCAGCAAGACAAAGGUUGUUGAUAUGGUGAAUUCCGUGGUAAGAAUCAUUGAGGCCGCAGUUACCAUUGUGAUUGCGGCAAUCCCAGAAGGCUUAUCUUUGGCUGUCACACUCAUUCUUGCCUCUUCAAUGGAGGGAAUGAUGGCUGACCAGGCUAUGGUUCGGAAGCUCUCUGCCUGUGAGACCAUGGGCUCUGCCACCACCAUUUGUACUGACAAAACAGGCAUUCUUACUCUGAACCAGAUGGAGGUGACAAAGUUUUGGCUUGGCCAAGAUCCUGUUGGAGUUUCCUCUUCAAUUUCUACAAAUCUUCUCAACCUCAUCCACCAAGGAGUUGCUCUGAACACAUUUGGUAGCGUUUACAGGGCUACUUCAGGAUCUAAGUUCGAGUUCUCUGAUAGCCCAAUAGAAAAAGCAAUUCUUUCAUGGGCUGUACGGAAACUUGAUAUGGACAUGGAGACAACGAAGCUGAGUUGUACCAUUCUCCAUGUUGAACCCUUUAAUUCGGAGAAGAAAAGAAGUGGGGUUUCAAUGAGGAGCAACGCUGAUAACACAAUCCACGUGCACUGGAAAGGAGCUGCGGAGAUGAUACUUGCAAUCUGUUCGAGUUACUAUGACGCUUCUGGAAGCAUGAAAGAUCUGGAUGAUGGUGAACGGAUGAAAUUUGAGCAAAUAAUUGAAGGCAUGGCCGCUAGAAGCCUCCGCUGCAUUGCUUUUGCACAUAAACAAAUUCCAGAGGAAGACCAUGGAAUUGGGGCAGGCCUGCAAAAGCUGAAAGAAGACAACCUGACCCUUAUAGGACUGGUGGGGAUAGAGGACCCAUGUAGACCAGGAGUGAGAGAGGCUGUGGAAACUUGCAGAUGCGCUGGAGUGGACGUCAAAAUGAUAACCGGUGAUAAUAUAUUCAUUGCAAGAGCCAUAGCCACUGAUUGUGGAAUACUAAGACCUGAUCAAGGCACGACCAGUGAAGUAGUGGUCGAAGGUGAGGUAUUUCGGAAGUACACCCCAGAGGAGAGAAUGGAGAAAGUUGGUAAAAUUCGUGUGAUGGCUAGAUCCUCUCCCUUUGAUAAACAUCUUAUGGUACAGUGCUUGAAACAGAAAGGUCAUGUGGUUGCAGUGACAGGCGACGGCACAUACGAUGCACCAGCAUUAAUGGAAGCCAACAUAGGACUUUGUAUGGGCAUACAGGGCACUCAAGUUGCAAAGGAGAGCUCAGAUAUCAUCAUAUUGGAUGAUAAUUUUGAUUCUAUUGCCAGGGUUUUCAUGUGGGGAAGGUUUGUUCAUUACAAUGUCCAGAAAUUCAUCCAGCUCCAACUCACGGUGACUCUUGCAGCCCUUGUAAUCAAUGUUGUGGCAGUAGUUUCAGCCCAUGAAGUUCUCUUUGAUGUGCUGAGCUUAUUGUGGCUGACUUUGAUCCUGGACACGUUAUGUGCUCUAGCUCUUGCUACACAGCAGCCCACCAAGGAUCUCAAUGAGGGGCCACCUGUGAGCCAGACUCAGCCACUUAUUACCAACAUAAUGUGGAGGAAUAUAUUAGCUCAAGCAGUAUAUCAGAUAGCUGUCGGCCUGACCCUAAAGUUCAUAGGAGAAUCAAUCUUCCAUGUUAACGAGAAGGUAAAGAACACCUUGAUACUCAAUAUCUCUGCGCUAUGCCAGGUUUUCAAUCUGGUCAAUGCAAAGAAGCUGGAGAAAAAGAACAAGUUGUUUUGGGGGAUCACUGGGAUAGCCAUUGUCCUUGAGGUCGUUGCGGUAGAGUUUUUGAAGAAAUUUGGGGAUACGAAGAGGUUGAGCUGGGGACAAUGGGCUGCAUGUAUCGGGGUCGCAGCCGUAUCUUGGCCGAUCGGAUUCCUCGUCGAGUACAUUCCUGUUUGA